AUGGGAAAAACUUCUCUUGUCUUCUUGAUGUUGCAUUUGGUGACGGUAUGUAUUGCAUUCUAUGUGUCGCCGAUCGUUCGACUUAAUGCAAAAUCUGCUAGUGCAUCUACUCCAAUGCGACAAGUGGCGCAAGUAUUAAACGUAUCAGCACCUGCUAAUUGGGCUGACUACAUGGGUCCAACAACAAUAGACGGCUCAGUUGGCCAAGCUCAAGUUGGAAUUUCUACACUUGCUACGGUAAUGGCAAGCUAG